AUGAUACAUGUUUACGCUAUGAUGGCACUUGCAGCUAGAUUUGCAUCAAAUCAACGAUGCGGCGAUUCUGAACUUUGGGAGCUGCGUAGGGACUGGGCUACACGCAGUAAACGUCUGCUCGACGAUCGCAAGGAACCAGUAUCACUAUCCGCCAUCCAAGACUGCAUGUUACAUUGUUGCAUCUCUGCUGCGGAGGGCGAGACAGAAAUGGAAUCGCUUUAUGGUGCACAGGCGAUCCGCAUGAUUCAACUGAGGAGACUACAGACUUCCCUCUCCACGAAUAGGCUCCAACGAGAAAUAGAAAUCAGAGUAUGGUGGAAUGUUUGGAUGUGGGAUUGCUGGGAAAGUGCCGGAUCUUGCAUUCGGCAGCAACUCACUAUUGAUCCUGACUUUCCACUUCCUAUGGAGGAACAUGCCUUUGAGCAAUUGGACCCCGAUAGUGAUGACUCAGACUCGAUAACGCAACAAGACAUGAAUGCCUCUCGGCAACGUGGUCUCUGGGCACAGAUGAUCCCGUUCACCGAAGUCGUUGCGCCAAUCAACGAAAUUCACGAACUGACCGUUCAAAACUGCAUCCCAGAUGCUGAACUCUUCGACAAGAUUGAAAGGAUAGCGGAAAGGCUGGAGACCUGGAAGCUUAAUCUCCCAAGUACAUUGCUUGUCACGCCGACAAAUCUCGCAUCGUAUAGCAGCACUGGACUCGGCCGCACCCUGGUAGCUUUGCACACGGGUUACCAUCAUUUCAGCCAACUCCUCUACUACCAGUUCCUACACCGCAGCUUAUCUACAUCUGCGGGGUGUAGUCCCAUAGUGAUCGAGUAUGCAAGACGUUGUCGCAGCCAUGCCGCGGAUUUGAGUAACCUCCUGUCGUUGGCAAACUCGACGCCAGGCUGCGAAUCUAGGUGGCUAAUGGUUGGGCAUCUUCUAGCGAUCUCGUCGUCAAUUCAUCUGCACACCCUUCUUUUCGACGACGAUGACGACCAAAUCACAGGGGUCAAGAAGAUGCUCAAGAAAAACUUUGAAAUGAUGAUGGAAUUGCGCCGCUAUUGGCCUGGCAUUGACUUGGCCAUCUCCCGGCUCCGAGUGUUUCAUCGCACAUGCCAGCAGAGCAUGAACACGGCAUUCGAUAUGGAUCAUUGGAUGUUGCAUUUUCUCCAACGCUAUGCAAAACCUAUCAGCGAUAAAUAUGCAACAAUACUGCCAGAAAUUGAUCAUCACGCUGCACACUUGUCUGAGAUUCAGGGUAGUGGCAGUGAUGGUCAAGUGCAGGCUGCCGACGAUGGGCCAUGGGUCGAUUGGAUUUAG